GCCGUAUCUUCUCUUCUCCUUUUAUCAGGCUGUCCUUCGCUUGAUUGUCUUCUCUUGUUGCAAUAGACAUUGUGGAAAUUAUUCUCGUCUAGAUAUUAGGCUCUUUGGUUGUUUUCAACCUUUGAGCCCGCACGCGCCAUGGUCGCACCAGCUGUUCCCGAGUUGUACGAAGAGGAAGAUAUCUAUGCCGCCAUCGACGCGCGUACCGAGUCCUUACAGAACUUGCGGGAGUUGGGACCCCCAGAUUUGGCGUACUUAGUGAAGCAGCACAAGACUCAUCCAGAUCGUCAGACCGGCGUUUACCACCAUGUCACCGGAAUCGACGCCUCCUCUUCUGCCAGUUUGGCUGCUUAUGUGAAUACCCUUACGUACUCUCCUCUGGACAAAACACAUAAAGUGGUUUCUGGGAUUUACUGUUGCUACAAUGCCUUUUCCCACCUCGAUAUGCGCGUUGAAGUCAAGAUUCCCGGUAGUUUAGAGAGCUACUGCAUUGAUGAGCGUGGGGAUAAGCGCGUUGCUACUGAUGCGCUGUGGCUGGAGACAUUCCUAUGUGCGAUUUUGAGAGCCUACUGGUAUGCGGAUGAUGGGAGUGGUGAUGCCAUCAGGAAGAUCGUUGGGGUCCGUCGAUUCAAUCCCAUCACGAAUACGGAGAUGGAACACAAAUUCCUGGAUGCAGCUGAAAGGCUUUUCUUUAUGGGCAGGCAGCUCAGUUCCGAUCCAGUCACGCAAGUUCCCAACACCGUCAACAACCAUCUAACGUCGGGUUUGUUGAAGUAUAUCCACACUACCGGUCGGUACACGUCGGGAAUCAAUCUUUUCGAAAAGCUCCGUACACGAGAUGUCGAGGUUUCGUCGCUACUGGCUAGGGUGCUGAUAAUGGCGGAUGAGGAAGUACAGGCCGUUCGAUUGAUGUUUGAUGCCCUGCAAGAUGUGCCUAUGGAUUAUGCUUUACUCGAUUGCCAAGCGGCUUUCUGCCAAAGCAAGGGAGAAGGGCAGCUGGCUUUAGAGUGUGCCCAGCGGGCCGUCACAGCUGCUCCCAGCGAAUUCAGCACCUGGGCCCGACUAGCUGAGGUUUACGUUGAUCUUGAACAGUGGGAUCUGGCGCUUCUAACCCUUAACUCUUGCCCUAUGUUUACAUAUCAAGAUAAGGACACCCCCCGCCUGCCACAACCGUCACGCAUCAUGCUACCUAUCCUUGCCGAGAGCGUUCUCGAAGAGAUUGACGAAGGUCAGCCAAAGCAGGGAGAGCCCCAUGAUGUGGUUCAUCCAUCACUUCGUAAGCUACAUGCUGCUAGCUACCAGGGUACAUUUUUGAAGGCAUACAACCUCCUGACCAAGAUUGCCGCCUCCAUCGGCUGGGACCAACUUCUGAAGGCGCGCAGCGAGGUUUUUGUAAUGGAAGAAGAGUACCGCGUUGAACGUCAACAUGCGCCUAAGCCUGGGCGAUCAAGCGCCAAUGCAAGUACAGUGGCUCUGAACCAGGUCCCAGCUGCGGGCGCAGAGACGAACGGAAACGGACUAGAAAAUGGCAAUGGACAUCGAACCGACGAUGAAAAACCCGAAGAAGCCUCCGAGACAGUUACUAAUGGUGGGAGUACAGCUGGGGAUGAUCAUGGGAAGGGUCCUAUUGAGAAGCCCGAACAAACUAGGGCAUCUGAGGGUGAAAAGUCUCAAAAUGACACACCCGACCCAACACAUGCAUCAUAUACACAAUUUAAGAACAAGCGCCUUUGUGAGAGAUGGCUGGACAAUCUUUUCAUGGUCCUCUAUGAAGACCUUCGCAUCUACACAAUCUGGCGAACGGAAAUGGCUCAGUUCCGUCAGCAGGCGAUCGAAUACAAAAAGUCUGCGACCGAAUGGGAGAUUCUCGGCGAGCUAGCGGAGCGCCUCCACCAUUUCGAUGAGGCAAUUGAAGCUUAUCAGCAUUGCUUGUCGAUCCGAUUUUCACCCAAAGCUAUGAGGGGCAUCCUCAAACUCUAUGAGAAGCGGAAUGAUACUAGAGGGAUGUUGGGAGCAUUAAUCCGACUUAUAACCUGGCAGUAUCGGUGGUACUCUGAGUUCUCUCCCGAGCUUCUAUACACGAUCCGCAAACUUAUUGAGGAGGAAGGGGCUGUCAAGGUCCGCAGCAUUGUCCAGGCAACGAACCUCCCACAGCAGGUCCUCGAUCUAACACACCACUAUUGUCAAAUAUGUGCGACCUUUCGAAGCAGUGGCAGUGAUGGCUGAUCACGAUCCAUACCAUGUGAAUUGCAAUGGUUGUACCUAUUAGCUAUUCUUCCUACGUCUAUCUAAGGCGGAUGUUAUCCGAUACCCUCUUAUUUCAUUAUGUCGGUUAGGGAAGGCGAGAAACAUGGCAGACAACAACGGGAAUGAGAAGUAUCUUCGGGGGAGGCCCUUUUCUUUUCUGCUUUAUAGUUGGCUUCUUGCGUUGCACUUCUCUUUUUCCUUUUUUUCUUUUCCUUUUUCAUUUAUCCCCAUUAACUGUUUUAUUUAUUUUGAUAUACCUUCACCAUGCACAUUUCAAUAUCCUCGAAGCUCUUUUGUUAUUCUUUUCCUCUAUUUCUAUUCCGAUUCCCUGCAUCAACAUUAUGCCACUCUUCAACUCCCUAGUACCAUUAAGUGGAGAACUGUGGACAGCUGGUUCCACGGCGUCUUGUCGCAGUCCAGGUACGGAUUGAUGUUUCCGAUACCAUAAGGAUACCUGUGUGCCUAUACAUGAACCACCCUCCAUCGGAUAACGGGAAAUGAGAGGCAUCACCAUUGUAUUGAAAUCAAAAGAACUGCUGAGCGUUCAAUGCUGCGCCUCUCAAAGGCAGGAGGGUAUGCACCAGCAUAAGCCCAGUCAAUCAACCAUACCUGUCCAUGCCGAUCCAGAAUCAAAUUCCGGGAUGUUAUAUCCUGAUGGGUAAGGACAAAAGUGGUAAAGCGAAAGUCCCGGGUAUCUUGUGAAGCCUUAUUGUAAUGUUUAUAUAUAUCCAGCUUAUGAUUGAACUGGUUUUCUAUUUCAGAAUCAGUUUUGAAAGGAUCAGCACUAACCUGUGAAAAACUGACCCCUACAUAGUCCGCCGCCAAAGGGACCAG